AUGAACGUGGGAUCCAUCUUGAACAACGACUCUCCACCGAGCGACAAUGAGACAGCAUCGGUUGCACCCAAAAGACCAGACUUUAACCAGCAAAGACACUCGCUAGUCAACUUAUUGAACGACCCUGGUCCAGAGCGGUCUCCAACUCAGUACAGCAGUACUUCUCCACAAGUGACACCUUCGAAGGAACAUGAGGAGUAUAAAGUUCCCAAGCCUGUGACCAGCUCGCCAUACCGAUCACCGAUGAUGAAGAGGAACUCAAUUGCUAACAUCACUAACGACAGAGACGUAGAUAUUAACACUGGCGAGACUACGUUGAACAUAAGUAGGAAGUCGAGCAUGAGCGAGAGCGAUAUCAAAGAGAUAAGAGAAGAAAAGACUGAAGAAGUGAAGGAAGAGAAGCCUGAAGUUUCCGUGAAAGUAAGCAAAGAAGCCCCAAAGGAAGAGGUGAGGGCUCCUCUGGAAAACAAGAAACCAAUACCCACCGCUGGGAAGCCCAGAAGAUAUGAAAGACCUCCAAUAUGGGCACAGGAAUGUGGACCGGGUGCGUUCCAAAGCAACGGAGGAGCUGCAGUCCACCACAGGGAGAGCAGCAGUGACCAAAUCAAUGGAGACAAUCGCACCACAGGCCAUUUAUCGUCGAAGCCAGUGUAUGACCCAUCUCACACGGAGUCCGUAGAUUUAGAGUGCUCUAUAACAGGUAUAAUCCCUCCACCUUCAGUGACCAGAACUAUUGCUGAGUGGAUCUACGCCAACUUCACAGAGAUUCCCGACGACAAGCGUAAGCAUGUAGAAUUGGAGCUUAAGUUUGGAACCAUCAUAGACAAGAGAGCUGGCCACAGAAUAGACAUCAAUGUGCUGACCGAAUGUAUAUUCACAGACACAUCAAGCACGUACUUCGAUAUAGGAGUGCAUGAAGUUGGCUGGACAGAUAUGUGCAAAUUUCUUGACGACUUGGAAAGGACUUAUCAAGAAGAUCAACGUAAGAGCCAACCUCAGUUGAAAGUACCCAAGAGAAAGUUCAAUAAUUUAGAAAGUGAUAUCACCGAUACAUUCUAUCAAAUAGUUGCUAGAAAUGAACAGCCAAAGACGAUCAGAAUAUCGAAAGAAAACCAAUUGAACCCUCCAAGGUACACAGCGAUUAAUAAGCAGAGGAUCUCCGACUUAUUUAUUCACAAUCCUUCAUCCAUGUAUGAUUUAAGACUCUCGUUGAGUUUCGAAAACCCGAUUCCAGAGGCAGAUAUAGAGAGUAUAUUAAAGAAACAGACGCCAACCUUGACCAGAGUUAAGAAGAGAACGUCGUGGUCUCAUAGACCUACGGUUACAAGAUUUGACAUGACCCGAGUACUUCAGCCGAGAGAACUGAAAAAUAAAAUGGGUAAGAAGAUCAUUGAGCAGGACCAAAGUUUUGAAGUAGAGUUAGAAAUUGAUGUGCCAGAGUUGUUUACUGGAUUUGAUUUAUUUAAAAGUGGUCUGAAUCUGAUUAGAUUUGAAGAAUUGGUGGAGAUUUUUGUCAACAAUGCACGCUGCAUGAACAAUAGGGUGACCAAAUUGGCCAACAAAUAG